GGUAUGUUGUUUUUAUUUUUUCGAUUGUUCAUCACAAUUUGUUGAUAAAUUAAAAAGAGAUUCUUCUUGUCUUUCAACACAUAUAUUGUUAUUCACAGGCCACUUCAGGCGUUAGUGAUAACUGAAAAUCAUAUUAGUCAUAACAUAUUGCCUUCUUUCGUCAAGCUGUCAGAAGCUGAAUGAUGAAAUCCCUCUACUACUAUUUGUUUUGAAUGUUCUUUCAAUUUUUUUAUGUUUCUUUAAAAUAAAUUUUGUAUGUUGCACUGGUUUCUGUUGCUUACUUUGCCAUGUCUAUAACUCGGAUAGUGCAUUUAACUAAAUGUACUCUACAUGUGGGUUUUGUUAUCAUCACCAAUCUAUAUUGUAUUCCAACAUAUUUAUUAUGGAUGUGGUUCUUUUUGUUGCCAUUUCGUAUCAUCAAUCAUCCAGGUUAUUGGUAUGUUGAAGGUAUCCUGUUCAAAUGGAUGUUGAGUAUGGUAGGAUCAUGGAGUUACAAAUCAGGGUUUCACCUUGUGGAAUUGGGAGAUGAUAUAUCUUCUUGUACAAAAGAUCGAUGCUUAUUUUUGGUAAAUCAUCAAUCAACUGCUGAUGUUCCUCUUUUAAUGUUAGCUUUUCAAGAGAAAAAUGGUGUUUUGGAAUCUAUUAUGUGGAUAAUGGAUAGAAUGUUUCGUUACACUAAUUUUGGAGCAGUUUCUGUUACGCAUGGAGAUUAUUUUAUUACUCAGGGUAAAGCAGCAAGAGAUUAUCAAAUGAAAAAACUAGAAAGGCAUCUUUUAAAUGCGUAUCUAGGUAGAAAUCGACGCUGGAUAAUUCUGUUUCCUGAAGGUGGAUUUUUAUCAAAAAGGAAGGAAACAAGUGUUAAGUAUGCUGAAAAAAAUAAUUUUCCAAUUUUGGAGCAUGUUACUCUUCCCAGAGUUGGAGCUUUAGAAGUUAUAUUAAACACUCUCCGUCCUGAUGGAAAAUUAAUCGAAGCGUUAGAUAAUGAUGUACCCUUGUUAAAAGGUACACAGGAAGAAUGUGAACCAUUGAAGUGGGUCAUAGAUUUAACGAUUGCCUAUCCAGAGUUGCAUAAUCCUUUAGAUUUGCUUGCAAUCUGUGCAUCAUCCCGUCCAUCAUGUUUAACAUACUUAUAUUAUCGUCGUUAUCCCGUCGCAGAUGUACCAUUGGACAGCACUGACUCUUUGAGAGACUGGGUCUAUGCCCGUUGGAGUGAAAAGGAAGAGCUCUUAAAAGAGUAUUAUAGUACCAAAAAGUUUCCACAUUUGCCCCAGAGCCAAAGAAAUGGGAAUAGUGAUAUUGUGCAAAAUCAACCCCACCAUGUGCGGAUGACAGUCACGCAGAUAAUAUCCAUUCACGUCUUUUUCAUCUCUUCUACCCUACUUCAUUGGUAUCUACUAUCAAAGAUGUGGAACUUUGCCUGGUAUUAAAGACAACUGAUUGCCUUAAAAACUUUGGAGCUUGCCUUUACCUUUUUUUAGAGGAUUGGUGGGCCUUCUCACUCAGAGAAUUAUUACUGCUACUUGUUUUUAUAUAUAUUUUAAUUUUUGAUUACAAUAAUUAGUUAUACUUAAAUGUUAUUAUAUGAAGUGCAUGAUUUUUUUACAUAUUAAUCGUGUUGUCUGUGUAGUGCUUUAAGAACACAUAAUGAAUGAUAUUUUUUUACAGUGAAAAAUAUAAAUUCUAACAUUCAAUUACCACACAUUCUGCUGUCUUAUUUGUUGUUUUUUUUCUCUCUCUGUAAACUAAAGCAUUUUGUAUCGGGAAAAGGGGAAAAAAAAGACAGAAUGAUGUCAAACAGUAUAAUGUCGUCAUUAUAUUUCAAGUGCUAUUUUCCAAACUAAUAUUUAUUACCAAGUUAAUAGCUUCUGAUUGUUAUGUUUGUACUUUUACCUGUGAUAAAGCUGCACAUAUAAAAUCUGUGAUAAAUGCAGUUACUUUUUGAUGCUUUAAUAAUGAUAAAUUCAGAGUUUUCUUUUUAGUUUAAUUUCAGUAGCAUUUCUGAAUUGCCUAAUGGUUUUUUUGAAGAAGCUUUACUCUGAAUAGCAUAAUUCGUAAUGCAAAUUAAGUACAUUAGAGAGGGGGAGUAAUAUUUUUUUUCGAGUGCCAUUUUGAAUAUAAAUUAGAUUACCCUGCUUUGAAAGUGCCAUUUUUAUUCCCAGUGAUUUUUUGUAAACUAGAAAUUUUCAUACUCGCUUACAUGGUAUGCUCUCUUCUUUCUCUUUUUACGAAUUAAAGUCUUCUCCACAAAAAAAUUUUCAAUUAUGUCUUAAUCUAUAUCGGCAUUUUCUUAUUUUUAAUGAUUUGAAAUUUUUUUUAUAAAAUUUCAACUUAAUUGUAUAUUUGUUUAUAUUGUGAGAAAGUUAAAAUAUAUAUAUUUAGAACAAAUUUCUGUUUUGGUUGUGCUUAUUUUAAUCAAACCAUAUUUGCUUAUCAUAAUAAAUUUUUAAUUCCUGAACUAUUACUAGUAUUGUUAUAACAUAUAAUUUUUUCCCCUUCAUUUGAAAUUUGGAGUACAAGUGCAAGUAAUGACAAAAUUUUUUAAUUCUUUUAUUUCUUGUUAUUGAGUAUUUAAUGAUACCAAUGUUCUACAUCAUUAGUAUUGUUAUGUUUUUUUUUUCUAUCAUUUCUUGAUAUGAUAUUUAAAUUGUAUUUUUUCUACAAAAAAUGUGCAAAGCUUCUUUAUAAGUUUAUAUAAACGAACUGGGUAUUUACUAACUUCUUAUUAUUUAAGUUUUUUAAAAUUUAGUUUCAUCUUAACUCUUAAUUGUACAGUGGUUUACACUUUGAUCAAGUUAUAGUUUACAUUUUUCAUCAAAUUAUUGAUUUGGUGUUAAAAGCUAUGUAUGCUUAUUAUUAGGAAUUUUUGGUUUUUAAACUUUGACAAAAUUAUUUGCGAUGACAAUUUUUUAAAAUUUACUUUCAACUUCAUGCGCAAAAACAAGUGUCUUUAUUUUGAUUUUUUUAAAUUUUUUUUUUUACAUUUUCUUAUUUUACAUGGCAAUUAGGUUAAUUUUAUUCUUGGUAAAACUUUAACCUACUUCCUUUAUUUUAUACUUGUUUUAUAUUAUUUCAGUAAAGACUUUUGAUUCAACAUAAUGAAAUAAAACGAAAUCAGACUCAAGUUUCUUCUACUUGUUCUACAGAAAAUAUAUUUACCUAAAGAUAAACACUGCUCUAUAAUCUUAUAGAUUACAUGAGAACAAUAUAUUUUUUCUUUUCCCUGUUUAUAUAUACAUGUAUAUUUUUUUUACUUUUUCAAAAUUUUUUGUGCACUAUAAAUAUACCUACUUUCUAUGCUCAGUUAUCGACAUAAUUUAUUAUUUUACUUUUAUGUUAACAUUUUAAAUUUACACAAUUAGUAUAGUUAUUGAUAUUAGAGAAUUUCUUAUUAAACACAUCAUUGAAGAUUGUUUUUUAAAUUUAUAAUAUUUCAGACCAAAGCUUAAUGUUUUAGAGAACAAAAAAUUUAGGUAUUUCAUCCUGUACCUAUGCGUUUGAAAAUAAAGUUGAGUAUUUUUAGUUGUCCUAUCAUUAGGUUGUGACUUAUCUUGUUUCAGAAAAUUAAGAACGACUGUCUUAAAGUGAUAAAAUAAAUUAAUAAUUUAAAUUGAAAAGAACUUAUAUAUAAUUUUUUAAAUUAAGAAAUAUUUGUAAAUAAUAUAAUUAUUAUUCUUUCUUUUUUUGGAAAAAAUAAGAGAGUUUUCGUUGCUUCAUUAAUCGAUUGAUAGUUCCUAAGAAUGAGUGAUCAUAUUUUAAAAGCUUGGGAACCACCGUUUUGAGAUGAUAAAAAGAUUUAAAUAAUAAUAAUUAAAAACCUACAGGUUUGUUAAAUUUAAAAUUUGUCUAAACAAUAUAAUUAAUUAUUUUUUAGUUACAUUUUUAGCCUUUGUGUCCAAAUUUCAUUGUUUUAUCUAGUAUUGAUAGUUCCUAGGCUCUGUUAAAAACCAAUGAUUUGAAAUUAGUUCAAUAAAAAUACAUUUGUUGUGUUCAGAAUAUUUCUAAAUGAUACACUUACUUGCCUUUUUCUGGAAAAAUUAGAGAGCCUUUGAAUCCAAAUUGCAUCGCUUUAUUAAACCAUAUAUAGAUCCCAAGAAAUAUAGAGUAAUAGAAUUCAAGAAGCUCAUAAGCAUAUUUCUUUAAUUAAUUUUUGUAUCAUUAUUUCCUUAAAACUGAUGUGUUUUUAAAUUUUUUCUGAAAGGGAAAGACUUUAAUGAUUUUAUUGAAGGAAAAAGAAAAAUCCCAAUCCCCCCCCCCAAAAAAAAAUGCUUUUUUAAAUCAAAAUAAUACAUUGCCAUUAGCAUUUUAUUUGCAUUCAGUAACAUUUGGAAGAACCAAAAUAAAUGAAAGUAACGUUACUCAAAAUGAAAUUUUCAUGCGAAUGAUUAUUGUAACAUUAACAAACAUUGUAUUUAAAUUGCUUAUUGCUAAUUUUAGGCCUUUAAUUCUUUUCUCCUUUUUUUGUUGUUUAUAUUGGUAGUGUAAUAAUUUUAUAUGAUGGUUGUACGAGGACUUAACUAGUUUGCCCAUACUUUAUAUGUGUUGCCCUAAAUUGAUCCUAGCCCGUAUGUACCCUAAGUUGGUCCUGACUGGAGUUUACCCGUAUGCCUUUGUUGUCAAAAUUUUAGUUAAAGUGUUAAAUUAAUGCAUAUUUUUGUUCACUUAAUUAACUUUUAAAGUUAUACUGUAUUUUUUUUCUGUACUUGUAUUUUUUUUAAUUAAUCAACUUGCUACUCAUGAAACUUAGUUUAAGUAUUAAAACUUUCACAACAAAUGAUGUUUCCUAUUUGUACUUAAAUACAAAUUAAGUAUAAAAUUGUUCAUAAAGGUAACGGUCAUACCUUUAGUUUUUUAUAUGCCAAUCUUCAGUCUGCAUGCAAAAUAAGGAGUUUUUCAAUUAAAUGUUUAAAUUAUUUAGUUUUCUGUUAUUUUAUGACUGCAAUAUAAUGAUUAGUCUUUGAUAUGUGCAGAUAUUUUUUCCAAAUAAAAACUCAUGUUGAGAAUUUAAAAUUCUGUUUCAUAGUGAGUCCUUGCAUGCUUUUACUUUUUAUUUUAGCAAAAAAAGUAUAACUCCUAAAAUUAAUUCACCAAAUUAUAGUGAAGAGUUUAUUUAAAAAUUAUAUAACAAAAAAGAAAUUGAUUUAAAAAAGUAUAAAACAUUUGUAUACCUUGUAAGAAAACUAAAAUUAUUCUUAAUAUCAUUAUGCAGUGUAAGUUUUCAUAUGAUUUUGUUUGUGUAAUAUUUAUCUUGUAAUCAUUAAAUAAUGUUCCUAUUUUGAUUUUUUUUAGAUUUUAAAUAUAUAAAUGAGCAAAAAGUUAGAUUCAUUUUCCAAUACCCUUCUAUAUUUUAAAAUUAAACAGCAUUGGUUCCUGCAUUGUUUAUUAAAGUAUUAAAUAAUUUGUGUUGUUAGUACCAUAAUUUUACAUCAUCUCUGUUUAUUUUAUACAUUUGCUCUUAUAUAAUAAUGUGUCCAAUUACUGCAUUAUGAUUUCAAUGUAGUUUUAAGCUUUAUUUUUCUUUUAGUUGAAAAUUUUAGUUUUUAUUAUUAUCAUUUAUCUGAGAUGUGCUAUUUAUUUUAUACUUUCUUUUUCAGUGCUUACCCUGAAAUCCAGAUAAUCCAAGCUCUGAUUCUAUUCCUCUUGCAAAUUUUAAUCAUUUAAGUGUUUAAUUUAAGAUAAAAAUAUCAUGCUGAUGUGAACCCAGCAAUUAAUAUAUCGUUCUUUGAUGUAACUUAAUCAAAACUCAACUUGCUUUAACUUAAAUUAGUAGAAAAAUAAGCUGGUGUCUGAAAUAAUACAUCAUUUUUAUAGUACAAUGAAAUAAAGUUUGGAAAUGGUCUGGGCUUCCAUUCAUACAACUCAGUAUUAAACUUAUUUUCCCUCCGAUUUUUUACCAUUUUUAAAUAUUUCUCUGGAAUGAGUAACUAAAAUAGAGAAUAAAAGUUGAAGUAAAUUUGUUUUACAAUUUUUUACUUUUUUCAUGAAAUAUAUAAAAAAGAUUUCUAGCUUUGCUAUUUGAAAAAUUGAGGUUUAAUGCUAUAAUUAAAAUAAAUGCACAUUUCAAAUAUUAUGCAGAAUUUGCAAAUUUUCUGAAAGAAAUCUGUAGUGGAUAAUGGUUUAUUUAAACUUGUAAUGGAUAAAGAAAUUAUAUGUAUAAAAGAUUUAAGGUUUUAUGUAAUUUUUCCAAUUUGUUGUUGCCAAACCAAACAAAAAAUAAUAAAAUUUAAAAAAAAAAAAUUUAUGAAUAGAGUUUUUGACAGUUUUCAUUUUCUAUAAAUGUGUCUUAAAAUCCUGUUUGAACUAGUUUUUCUAUAUUUUUAACUUAUAAAAUAUAAGUUAAUCUAAUGAGAAGUGCAGUAGUAGUAUUAAUCAGAAAGGGAAAAUACAAUUUUAAUUUUAUAAAUGUUUUUAAAUGUUCUUUUUUUUAAAAAAAAUAAAUAAUAAUGAUGCCCGUAAACUAAAUUUAUUUAUGUUAUUUUAAUGUUAUUUUGUUUAACAAUUAUGAAAUAGUCUGUUAUUCUAUUAUGUAUAUUUUUUACUUGUUGAAUCUAGAUUUGUAGUCAUUGUUGCUAUAUGAGGUUUCAAUUUUUUAUAGCAUAUUUAGCUUGGAUCAUCUGGAUUUUAUUGUAGUUUUAUAGUAAUUUUUUUUUUUAAAAAUUUUCUGUGUUUUAUUCCAUUCCAAAUAGAAUAUUCAAAACUUUAAAAAGAAAGAAGACAAGAAUUUUGUCUUUCUCAAUAUUUUUGCUACUUGGUUUGGCUGUUAUAUGUGAUGUAUAAUGUAACUUACUUGUCAUCAUAACGCUGCUUAAAACAAAGAAACUGCAUUUUUUUAAAAAAAAAUUUCAAAUUUUUUUUUUAAACUUGUGAUACUUUUAUUAAUUUGAAAGAAUCUCUUGAUACUUAUAUGAUUUAACUGAAAGUAAUUAUAUAAUCAUGUAUCAAUUUUUUUUUUCAUGACAAAUAAAUUUUAAAAAGUAUUAAUAAGUUAUAAAUAGCAAUGAAAUUUUAUUUUUAAAAUAUGCAAGUACAUAUAUUUAUAUGCAAAUUCAGCUUAUAUAUGAAAAUGUUCCGCAUGAUUCUGCAUCAAUAUUAGGAGGUUGAAUUAGUUUUAUCUGAAUUGGAUCGGAGAAAGUUUGUUAAACUGUUUAGCAAAGUUUUAUAAGAAAACUAAAAAAAAAAAGUUUAUUUAUAUUUAAUCAUUUAAAUAAAAAGUUUAAAAAAUGAUAUUAAUGAUUAAAUAAAAAAAAAUAUUGAUUUCUAAGAGAUUUGUUAUAAUUUAUGUUAUUAGGUAUAAACAGGUUUUUUAUUCAAAACUGAUUCAACUUCUUAAGAAGUUUUGGAAUUUUUUUUAAUGUGUAUUGGCACAGAUGUUCCCUCAUUUGUGGUAUCUCUACAGCAAAAAAUGCUUGUAUUAUGUACUAUUAACUUACAUAAUAUAUUCAUAAUCAUUAGAUAUAAAUACUUGUAAAAUAGAAUACUUAAUUAGCCUCUGAAAAUUGAAUUUAGGUAUGUAGUUAUAGUACCAUAGAUUGAGCUUACAUAUCAAAAGAAUAUAUAAGAUUUUUUUACCAGAGGGUUAAGUUCAUUUACCUGGUUUAAAAAAAGCAUCAUUUUUAAAAGUAUGUUCUUAUUAGUUCUGUUAUUGCAGCAGUAGUCUAAUUCAUUUGUAAGUUUUGUUCGAAUGUUUCGUUUGAUGUUAUAGUAUAUUUUAUGCUGUUAAGUGUAGAGCUUUCUUCUUACUAAUGCAUUUGAUUUGAUUUAAUAUGCAUGACGUUUUUUAAUAAAAGAAAUAACAUUUGACUAAUGUUAAAA